AUGUGGAGUUAUCUAUUUGGCGGUAAGCAACAACAGAAGAAGGAGUUGCCUAAGAAGGCUAUAGUUGAGUUGAGGGAGCACAUUCAAAUGUUGAAUAAGAAAAAGACUCAUUUAGAACUGCAGAUACAAGACCAGGAUACCUUGGCACGUAAGCAUAUCACCACAAAUAAAGCUCUAGCAAAAAACGCAUUGAAGAGAAAGAAAGGAUAUGAAACGAACUUGAUGAAGAUAGAAAAUCAGAUUGAUUCAUUAGAAACGAACUUGAAUGCCAUCGAAGGUGCAAACUUGAACUUAGAGACCAUGAAGGUCAUGAAGCAAGGAGCAACGGCAAUGAAGCUGAUUCAUGGAGAAUAUGAUGUCGAUAAGGUAGAAGAGACAAUGGACGAGAUAAGAGAGCAAGUUGACUUGGCUGAUGAGAUUUCCGAUGCUAUUUCACGUCCUGUUGGUACUGAAUAUGUGGAUGAGGAUGAAUUGGAUGAAGAACUAGCUGCACUCCAAGAAGAAGAGAAGGAACAUAAGGAAGCAAAUAGAGUCGCGCCACCUCCUGCCAACAAAGCUCCGGCGGAAGAAUUGCCUCAAUUCCCAGCGGUGAAUAAGGCAGCGCCCCAGGCUGUCGAGGAUGAUGAAGACGAAGAAGCUUUGAGGGCACUUCAGGCCGAGAUGGGAUUAUGA